AUGAAAGCAAUAGACAAUAUCAGAAAUUCAGUAAAAGAGGGCAAUUCUUGCCUUUUCCUACUAUUUGUGGUGUUCAAUUUCCUGAUAUUCUUGUCCUCCCUUGGAAUCCUUGGAUGUGGAGUAUAUCUUUUUGUGAUUACGAAGGAAGCAAACACUUUUAACAUUUCCUUCUUGGUGACAGGGGCCCUUAUGCUUUUAUUCAGCACUCUGGCCUUCAAAUUGAGAAAAUCAGUUCAUUUAUUGUGCUUCUACCUAUUGAUACUGUUUAUAGUAUUCCUCUUCCAGCUCGUCAUCACCAUUGUGAUGAUUAUUAAGAAGGAGGCUCUUGUCGACUUGGCUAAGAAGUAUAUGGGCGACUCUGAUAAAUCAAUUUAGGAAGUAGAGAAGUUUGAGGAGGAAAUUAACACAAGUGUUCUAUCAGUUUCUUAUGCCUUAAUUGCUUUCUUGUUUGGGUAUUGCUACAGAUCAUCAACCUAGUCAAAGACAAUCAAGCAUAGGGAAAACCUAAUGGACAAGUAGAGAUACAGUGAUCAGGUGAAAGAAUGUGAGAAGCUCGUGCAGUUGAACAAUGAUAAGAGAGUCAUGUACGAGUAAAAAUACCCAGAACUAGCCAAGCACAGGAAGGUUAACUCAGUCCAGUGA